AUGGCCAAGAGUCCCAGUCCGGACGCUCCCAGAGUACUCGAAAAGACGCUUACAAGGUUCCCAGGCGCAGGGAUGCCGGAGGAAGCUGUUCAAGCAGCAAGUAAGAAUCUCGGUAUGAUUCCGAUCCUUCUAGAUCGGGUCCCUGGUCAAGUACCGAUCAAAGAAGUGCUUGAACAGAUCGGCACCUUAGAGUAUGGAGAGGAAGAAGAAGAAGAAGAAGAAGAAAAGGGGCUGCCCGCAUUGAAGGCGCUCCUUGAUCGUCAAAUCGUGAGUGCAGACGAAACGGUGAUCGCGACAGUCGCCCCCAACUUUUCUACCUCGAAAUACAAUCUUAUCGAACACAAGCCAGAUGCCCCAAUUACACAAAAAAUCCUAGUCCGAGCCGCAAGCAACGCAUCAUCCAUAAAACUUAUGAUGGAGAAGCUCAAAGACCUUAUAACGAUCACGAAGGAAGUAAUCCUAGCCACAAUCCGGGAUUGGCAAGGAGCUGACACUAUCAAAAUCAUUUACGAUCGACUAGGAUCAGUCCCGAUUACCCGCAACGUAUGGAAAAAGGCUCCCAUAGAGAACCCAGAGUUUAUGACAGGAUUCCUCUUCAGACUGCAGCGGGAUCUGAAGCCUCGAGUCGUAUGGGAAGAUAUUUGGCAAGAUAGCCACACCGAUGCGGAAACAAAAGCCACCGUGACUAUGGCUUUCCUGAAUCUUGCAGAAGGCCAAGAAGCGAUCGAUCUACUGCAAGCAUACCCAUAUGACUGGGAACAAAAAGAAGACCACGGCUUUGAAAACUUGAUUCAGCGACUUCUGCCAAAUGAUAUUCCAUCACCGGAGACUGAGCAAGUGGCAGCGAUUAUCGUGGAACGAUGCAGCAAUGAGGUCAUCGAAAAGUUCCUGAAUACCGAGCAUCAAAUUUCGAUCACAGACAAGGUAAUGCAAGCGGCAGAGAGAAACAAAAGGGCUAAUAAAGAGGCUUUGUUGUAA